AUGUGGGAGAGAGACAUGGUUAACAGAAGCAUCGAUCAAGAAAGAAGGCAGCACCAAGGUCGUUGCUACUAUCGCUCUCGACAAAACAACAGUUACAAUGGCCGAUGGAAGAUGGAAAAUAAACAAAGUGUCCAGACUGAGCUCAUAUCUAGUGAUCAAAAUGGGAAUAUCCGUGUAUGGGACUUGACUGCAAACCCUUGUAGUUGUGAGCUGCUUGGUAGUUGCUGUAAACAACAGAGGAACUUGUUAUGUCUGGAGGCUCUUACGUGGGACACAGGGCACCAACGAUGGGUAUGGGAUUGGGUGUUUUCUGUAGAUGGUGCUAAUCUCAUUACAAGUACCAGUACAUGUGGAUACACCACUUGUUGCAUCCUUUUCUCGAGUGGUGGAGAUUUUGAUGAAGAUGAAGAUGAUAGUCAUACAGAAGAAGAGAUAGAGAUGAAGAAUGAAGAUGAAGAAGAAGCAACUGGUAAAAUGGAAACUGCAACUGCACUACUAGUUAGCAAUGAAGUUGUCUCACUUUUGGGGUCAGCUUCAGAGACUCCGGUAUCCAACAUUCUUGAACCUGCUUUCUUCUCGAGUCUUCCAACUGUCCAUUCCAUGAUUAUUUUUGUGUGUAUAAAGGGACAAAGUCCUACUGAAGGUGGGACAAGGGGUGAGGAGGUUGGGCAGGGACAGGGGUAG